AAAGUAAAUACAGUUGAUAUUUGUCUUACGAAAUGGUACAACAACAUGGCUGAAGGUUUUUGUUUGACCGUAGGCUAUAUGACGCCCACUUUUAUCAAUAAAGAGGAGAUUAUACGACUCUUUCAACAUGCUGACUACAAGUCUAAUCACUAUAAUAAACAAACAGGUAUAUAUACAGCACCUUUUGAUGGCGUCUAUAUAUUCUCAUUGAUGACUACAAACCUAACAGACAAAGAAGCUGUACUGUGUAUGUAUCUAAAAGACAAGAGUGACGAGGAAAUACCAAAAGCUGUUUGUCGAAUGUAGUACAGAAAUGUUUCUGUAUCUGUUGUAUUUCCAAUAGCAUUAGACAAAGGUGAACAACUGUAUAUCAAAUCAGCCGGUGACUGUCUAUCUUUACAACUGCGUUGUGACUCUCACUAUUGGUGUAUCUUUAUCAAAAGAUUUUAACAAGACAACAUAAUGUUCCUAAUGACAGAAACUGAUUGAGAUAAUUAACAACAAUACAGAAAGCAUAAAGACAUUUUGUUUUGUUAAAGCUGAUAUCAAUCAUCGUGAUAGAACUCUGUCAUAAUUUAUUUUGUAUUAAAUGUUUCAGUAUUUGUUGUGUUGCAAUGUUGUUGUUUAUUUUCUUUCAAUCCAAAUGUUGUACAAAUUAUAUGUAGUAGAAUAUAAAAUAAUGUAUUGAAACCCAGACUUGUAAUCACUGGGCUCUAUCAUUUUCAAUCAUUAUAACAUUUGUUUUCACUAGCCAUCAUGAAUCGGACAGGUCAACAUCGUCUGUCUCUCUCUCUCACUCUCGUUCCGCCGUUGCAUCCGUAACUGUAAUACGUAAUUAACCCAACAAUUUAAUAUUAUAAUUAAUAUUACUUUACUAUGGCACCUUCAAACACAUACUUCCAAUGUGACUAUCUCGAAUAUUAACAAAUAUUUGUUUAAAAAGUUGAUCCCUUUAACUCUCUCCCUUGUCUCAUGACAACCCUCUCAUAACUUCAUUCAGUCACUCCACCCCCUACACUCUAGAGUGUAGUUCAAUUUUGAAAAUACACCCAGACUCCAUUUGAGGGGGCCCCCAAAUGAAUGUCUGAUAUUUGUUUUUACAUUAAAUAUUACGCCAUUAUUUCAUCUCAUGAUGUCGAAUGACAAAAUGCGAGGCCCCUAAAGAGGUCAAGCCCACGAAUUCCUAUCUACGCCACUGAUGUCAAAAGUGUUAGUUUAUUCAAUCAAAUCAAAUCACAAUCACUUUGACCUGCGCAAGCAAUUAUCUUUUCAAAAAUUCUCAGCCCUUGCAGUAUUGUAUAUUUAUAGCUGAUAAGUAAAGGGAAUAUCCCAUAAAUUGGGAAUACCCAAAAUUACUUGUCAAUGAGUUGUCAAUAUUUGUUCCUUUCAGUGUCAGUCUUCUGUUUAGUAAAUUAAGAUGCGCCCGCUAAAACAAAGACAGAUCAUUUCUUUACACCUGGAAGUAUUAGAGAACGUCAGACAGAAAUUGGCAAGUCUGGACAAAUCAAUCAAAGACGUAAUAGAAAAGGGAGAGAAGUGGCUUAACGAGGACGACAAUGUUCAGACGUUUGUACAAAUGAAUCAGAUGAUAGUGGAUGAGAACUCUCGCUGUCUGAGAACUUGCCGAGACAUUGCAAAUGAAAAGGAAGAAACUGACCCGACAACUAAAGAUGAGGGUCUGAACACAGAAAUAUCUGAAACUAAGCCAGAUUUAACUUCAACAGUCAAAGGUUCAGUUGAGUAUGACAAUAGGAAAGGUAACGUUGAAGAAGUCUCUACAGAUAUAUCGACAAUGAAAGAUUUCAUUCAAACUACAGAAAGGAAUUACUCAACCCUGAGUGACCAACUUGAAACAUUAACAAAAUCUCUUACAAAGAAAAUUAAAUCUUUAAAGAAGAGAAAUACAGAACAAGACAAUAAGAUGGAAGAAAUGGUCAGACGACAGUCAGUUUCUGAAACUAGAACAGACUCAAAGUUUGAUGACGUCAUGAGUGAGCUCCACACUGCUAGUGAAUUUAUUAAAUACCAAACGGAUAUGUUAUCAGAGAAAGUUAAAAAGUGUGAAGAGUGUAACGAAACAAUUCUGAAGGAGCACAAGAUUUUAGAGAGCAAUUUAAAAUUGAAUGUAGACAAUCUUAGGAAACAAAUACAAAGUUGUCAAGAAACGACAACAAAUAUUUCAACUUCUGUUACGCAGAACAAAUCUUCAAUGGAAUCAACCUUGGAAAAGCUACAAAAUAAAUGUACAGAUAUUGAUGAAAAGAUUAUACAAUUUUCAAAUGAUUUGGAUGAAAUGUCUACAGAAAUGAUCGAACAAAAGUCCAAUAACACAGCUGAAUGCUUUUGUGUCGGUACAGGCAACAUAAUUGCUCAAGAUGUCAAGCAAGACAAGAUUGGCACCCUCUUCAUGGUUCGGUUCAACCUGGACGCUACACAAAAUCACUACGACACCAGUACUGGUACAUACACAACACCAUACGAUGGCCUCUUUUUAGUUAGCCUUAUGAUAGAAAACAACUUUAUUGGGGCGGUUCAAAUCCACGUAGUUACUAAAGACAGCAGUGAAGAGGACUAUGUACGUGGUGUAUGUAAAGCUGAUUCAGGUGCAACUGCCUGCACUUUUUUCCCUUUACCACUUAAAAGACACGAGAAGUUAUUUCUAAAAGGCCAUGUGAAUUAUAAACAUUUGGUUUUGGGUCCAAAUACAACAUUCUCAUGCAUUCUUAUUAGCAAAAUGUAAUUUAAAAAAAAUAUAUUUAUAUUUGAUCUACAAAAUGCCAAAGUAAUGAUGUAUGAAUGUACUAUAUAUGUACAGACAGAUGGAUUAACUAUGUAUAAGAUUUGUGAAAACAUUAUCUUUUUUUCUGAAGCGCAUGGUAGUCCUCGUUUGUUUGAAAUAUCAGAAAUGUUAUUUUCUGCUCACAUAAAGUUUAUUAUGAAAUAAAAAUUAAAAAUUAAAAAAAAGAUUGAAAUUAAGUUUUAGUUUUUUUUUUUAAAUGAGUAAAAGAGACACAAGUUCUUUAUCAAUAGUUAAGUUCUUUUAACCUUUCCUUCCACCCCCCAUCUCCCUGUCAUAAAACAAACAAUCCAGUAAGAACAAUGAACUAACACUUCCCUAACACUUCCCUAUUAGUACACAUGUGUUUUAACUUUAAAAAUACAAAAGCAACAAUUGACUUGUCUGUAACAUAUACUCUUUGUCUCUAGUGUCUCACCCAGACUUCGAUGUGCAGCUUUAGUGUUCAUUUGAAAAAUAAAUUUCCGACGAAAUGUUCCCGUUGCAUACAUAUUAAAUUGUAUGUUUUUUCAUUUUAUGUUUUGCCUAAUUGUUGUCAUUCAAUUUAUUAUGUGUCCAUUUAUAUCAGGAGGAGCGCAUCGUUGUGAGUAUGAUUAUGGACCUCAUCGGAAUAUUAAAAUUACUGAUGUUAUAAUUUCAUUGUCAAACUACUUUAGAGUUAUGAUAAACUUGAUUAUUUAUAUGUGAGAAUUUUUGUUAUAUUUCAGAUUGACAUCCUACACUUAUCUAUUUUCUAUAUGCAUCUACUAAUAAACAAACAAUAAAACAACAAU